AUGGCUUCCAUGUCCGUCGUCUUGAUGGGCCUCGGUCUUGGACAUCUCGAGCGAGAAGAUCUCAGAGGAGGCAAGUGUUGUAAAAGGUACGUCGGAACCCAGGGACUGAGCCAUUCCCAUGGCAAUGGCUGUCUUGCCCGUGCUUGGUGGGCCGGCGAUGAGGACGGCGCGUCCGGCAAUCUUGCCCUGCUUGAUCAUCUCGAGCACGACGGCGGCGGCCUUGCGCGCUUUGGCCUGGCCUACAAGGCCUUGCGAUGA